AUGAACAACCAAUUCGGAACAACUGACAGCCAAAUAACGCUCGUCAACACAGACACCCAAAACCCUCAAGUCGCAUCCCCUCAAAAGAAGAAGUCGCUGUACCAACGCUUGGUCGGCUCCAAAAGCAGCGAGAUCUCCGAGGAAGACAUGCUUAAGUAUACCGGCAAGACGAAGGCCGAGUUGACUGCAUGGGCUAAGGAUCGCCCAGGCGUGGGAGGAAACCAACCUGCUGGCAAGGUGGAUGCCGGGAAUAGCACCUUCGGGGUGGUGGGAUUGGGGAUCCAUUGA